GUCAUGCCCUUCGGUGAAGUCGUUUGCGGCUCUCCAGGAAGUGGAAAAUCCACCUAUUGCCAUGGAAAACAUCAGCUCUUCACCGCUCUCAACAGACCACUAGCCGUUGUCAACCUUGACCCCGCCAACGAGAACAUCCCAUACCCAUGCGCGCUCGACAUCUCUUCCCUGAUAUCGCUGAACGACGCAAUGGACGCGCAUGGACUGGGCCCCAACGGCGGGAUGCUAUAUUGCAUCGAGUAUCUUGAAGCGAACUUCGACUGGCUGGAGGAGGGGCUCAAGGGAAUUGGAGCGGAGACAUACGUCAUGUUCGACUUGCCGGGGCAGGUUGAGCUCAGCACGAACCAUGACUCGCUGAAGCGUAUCGUUCAUCGACUGUCGAAGAUUGGGUUCAGGCUAGCUGCGGUUCAUCUUUGCGACGCUCACUACGUGACCGAUGCUUCCAAGUAUAUCUCGGUACUUCUGCUCUCGCUGCGAACGAUGCUACACCUGGAGCUGCCACACAUCAACGUGCUCUCGAAGAUAGAUCUUCUUUCGAACUAUGGAGACCUAGACUUCAACCUUGAGUUCUACACCGAGGUGCAAGACCUCUCCUAUCUUUCCAACUCUCUUGACGCAUCAUCGCCACCUCGUUUCGCGGCUCUCAACAUGGCACUCAUAGAGCUGAUAGAAGAUUACGCGCUUGUGGGAUUCGAGACCUUGGCCGUAGAGGACAAGUCUUCGAUGUUGCACCUAAUGCGUGCGGUUGACCGUGCGACAGGGUACGUCUUCGUCCCUCCGAAAGACGCUCCAAAGCCACCCGGGACGGUCCCCAAUGCCUCCAACUCGCCCGAUUCAGACCCAUAUGACGGUCCGACGCUUCGACCCAACCAGGAUGCUCUUUUCUCAAGUGCUAUGGCCCCUAUACCUGGGACAGCAGGUCAAGACGUGCCUAUGAGCGCUCGGGAUGUGCAAGAGCGCUGGGUGGACGCGCGGGAUGCGUGGGAUGCUUACGAGCGGGCAGGGUGGCGGAGAGAGGCCGAAGCUGUGCGGGGGUUGAUGAAGGGCGGCAUUCGGGAAAGGCACGACGGUAAGAUUGUGGGGAAGAGUUUUGGCGCUUAGGAGGCUGAGCGUUGAGGGUCACUGUUGUGGGAAGCUAACGAAAGUUGACAGCAGAAUAGCAGUGUCGGUGGUUCGCGGAAUGUCGAUAUGACUAGUAGCUAUGAGAACACUAUGCUUGGUCGAGAUGGUAUAGGAAAGCACAACGUGGCCUCAUAUACGAUUCGUACCAAGUGUCCAAGCAGUACAGUUUCAGUGCCAAUCGCGGUAGCGAUCCCAAUUUCUCCGAUGAGGCUAUUGCUAUUGUACAGUGUGUAUUAUGGAGUGUAU